CCUGGACCAACUAGACUUUGACGAAGCCUCCGCCGAGAUGUUGAACAAGCAGGAAAGUAUCGUCGAAGAUGAACAAAGGGAGCUGCAACUGCUGAGCCAGCUGCCGAUUUCCAGGAACGAGGUGCAAGAGCGGCAGCUGCUGCGGAAAAUUUCGUUUUUCUACGAGAAGUGGGACCAGCAGCUGCAAAUCGAGAAAGCUAGGAAAGAAGUGCAGCAGCAGCAGCAACACAUCUUGCAGUUGCAGCUGAGUCUAAAUCUUGCAGCUAAAAACAAACCGACUGGAGGUGCACCAAGCCAACCGUUCACGUUGCCGCCCCCACCACGGCAGAUCAUGCAAAACCCGACGACGACGUCAACCUUUCCGAACGGAGCGAUAAGCAACGGCAUAAUUGAUGCAAACUCUACUUCUAACGUUUGCCAGCAACAGUCCUCCUUUCCACAGCCUUCUGUUCUAAAACCUGCACCACCCGGUAGUAGUACUAGUUGUGCGGCACCAGUGUCCCUGCCACUGCUUGGUAG